CGGGAGGGCGUGCUCCGGCGACACUACUGGCACAAGGGCCGCGUCCGGGACUUGGUCAUUGCGGCUAGUAGCAGAGGCCACUAGCAAUUAGCAAAGCAGCCAAGAGUGAAAGUGUGAAACGGCUGAAAGAGAAGAAGCGCCUGCGCCGCCGGAGUCGAGUCCAUGGAGACGGUCACGCUCCGGCGGUUCGAGCUCGCCGACGCCGACGCCAUGAUGGCGUGGGCGUCGGAUCCCGAGGUCACGGCCUUCAUGGCGUGGGAGCCGUCCGAGUCCGUCGAGCACCUGCGGGCCUUCAUCGGGGGCACCGUGCUGCCGCACCCCUGGUUCCGCGCCAUCUGCCUCGCCGGCCCCGGCGCGUCCCCGGUCGGCGCGGUGUCCGUGACGCCGACGGCCGACCGGUGCCGCGCCGAGGUGGCGGUCGCGGUGGCGCGCGCGCACUGGGGCAAGGGCGUGGCCACGGCGGCGCUGAAGCGUGCCCUCGCCACGGCGUUCGCCGACCUCCCCGGCGUGGAGCGCGUCGAGGCGCUCGUCGACGUCGAUAACGCGGCGUCGCGGCGCGCGCUCGAGAAGGCCGGGUUCCACCAGGAGGCCGUGCUGCGCAGCUACUGCGUCGUCAAUGGCCGGCUCAGGGACAUGGUCAUCUACAGCUUCAUCUCCACUGAUCCUCUCGUGGAGUGAGCAUCAAAUCUCAUCAUGAUAUCAUCAGUACUUGUAUGUAAUCAGAUAA